CUCUAUUUGAUAAUAUGAGAACAGCACACAGAUUGUUUCGACAGUAUUCUGAAGAUAAAAGACGGAACAUUGGACAAACUUUCAACUUUAUGUUUGCCUUUCACCAGAUACGACUUUCAUAAACUUCGUUCAAAACCUUUAGUCAAAAAAAUACAAAAUGCCUAGCCCACAGCCCGUUCAAACAGACGCCGCUCCGGCACCUAUUUCACUCUUCUCGCAGGCUCAAGUCUACAAUGGCCUCGUAUACUGUUCAGGAAACAUUGGCAUCGACCCCAAGACGGGUAAACUUGUCGAAGGCACAGUCACGGAUCGUACCGAACAAACCAUCCGUAAUAUAUCUGCGCUUUUGGAAGCGGCUAAUUCGUCUCUCAAACGCAUCAUCAAAGUCAACGUCUAUUUGACUACAAUGGACAACUUUAGUCCGAUGAAUGAGGGAUAUGCCAAGUUCUUUUCAGCUCCAUUUCCUGCCCGAACAUGUGUGAGUGUCGCCGGUCUUCCAAUGGGUUCAGAUGUAGAGAUAGAGUGCGUGGCAGCAUUGAACGAAUAACGAUACUCUUUAUAUGCUUAUAUACACAAAUAUUGCAUGCACUCCAAACUUGAUAAGCCUUUGUAAGAGACGGC